AUGGGGGCCGCUCCCACCACUCUGCACUCCUCUUCGCGAGGCAGGUUCCUAGAUUCAAGAACGCAUUUUCUUUACAAGGGACAGCAUGCCCGAGAUGGUUGCAGCAACACCAUUAAUGGAGCGGAUUGUCACCUGGAUCAGCAGCAGCUGUAUCAGCAGUUGCAGCAUCUGCUGCGGCGACAGCUGCAGCAGCUGGGGUCGACCCCCUUUUCCGAAUCGGAACUCGCGGAUGCUCUUAAUGGGCGUGUUCCGUUGCUGCUGCAGAUUGAAGGCAGGCCAGGGCCUCCGGUAAAAGUUUGGGUAAGAAGCGCUUCACGAAAGCUUGCUUCAGGAUCCCCUGAGAGGGAGGCGGCGUUGCAUUGGGGGCCCCAGUUGCAGUUGGUUUGCAUAGAUCACAAGCUUGCUUCUCAGCUGCAACUAUUGUGGGGGAGGGUUUCUGUAGCAGCAGCAGCAGAAGCCGAUGCUGUUGCUGCUGCAAUUGCGACGCCUCUAAGCUGCGACCGCGAGCAUGACUUACCCGUGCUGCGCUGCUGCAGCAGCGUAUCCUACAGCAAACCUCCCGAUGUUUAUGCAGAGAAUAGCUGCUCAGGCCUCCCGCUCUUGCGUGUGUCCCCUCCUCCUAAUCCUUGGGUGGCAGCUUGUUUGUGGAGAAAGCGCUUCUACUCUGCUGUCUUCGGCUUGCUGCAGCACCAGCCGCAGCAGCAGCAGCAGCAGCAACGGCUACUGCAGCAGCACGGGAAUGAAGACAGUGCUGCCGUACAGAUUGCUGAUGGGUUGCCCCUUCGUUUGUGGCAGAUUGAGUGGCUGAGGCUGCAGAGGCUGUUUGGAGAUUCACUCCAAGUGCUAUUGAAAACAGUUCAGCAGCAGCAACAACAACAGCCACAGGCGCAGCAAGGCGCUCAGCAGCAGCUACAGAAGCGCACUGCUACAGACUGCCCAUACGUCAGCCUAGCGUCUCGUCUGACUGCGGCUUUGGCAGCGUCAAUGGCCCCAGCAACAGCAGCAACAGCAGCAGCACCACCACCACCAGCGCAGUCGGGAGUUCAGUCGUGUUGCUGCGGUUUGUGCGGCCCCGAGGUUUCCGAAGAGGGCAGCGUCUGCAGAGAGGACGCUUGCUCACCUGCUGCUGCUGCUGCCGCUGCUGUUGGGGGGGCUUAUCCAACCAGCCCGCUGCUAUCUGAGGAAGACAGGCAACAGCUCCUUGCUGAUGCUCGUAAAGAAAGCCUCGAAAGAGAGCCUCUGCUGCAGGCCACUGCUGCUGCUGUUGCUGCUGCAGAUGGUGCUGCUGCAGAGCCUUCUGCGGCUGCAGCAAAAGGACCCCUGCUUAGAGUCGUGCAAACAGGCCUGCCCCCCCUGAGAGAGGGUUCUUUUCUGCUGUAUGAGCAGCAGAAGCAGCAGCAGCAGCAAUGGGAACCCCUAGGUUACGUCAGCAUUCAGAAAGUCGAAGGGAUGAGGGAGGGCUCUGCUGCUGCUGCAUCUGUUGCUACUGCGUCUGAUGCCUGCAGCGACGGCGCAGCAGACUCCCUGCUGCUGCAUGCAUCUUUGAAGGAGCCUGCAUGCACACCGUUUCUAAACUGUGGCACCAAAGCUCAUCUCUUCUUCCAGAGCAACAGCAGCAGCAGCAACAGCAACAGCAACAGCAGCAACAACAGCAGCAGCAGCACAUAUCCACCUGCUCACUGUUGCUGCAUCGUUGAUGUGCAGGUGCACACUCCCUCGCUUUUACUCAGUCCCUCAGCAGCAGUCCGCAGCAAACCUGAGAAAUCCCAGCGGCUGCUGCUGCACGUGCAUCCUGCGUACCUCUACCUCCUCGAGCAGCAGCAGAAACAACAGCAACAGCGGGAGCAACAGCAACAGUACCAACAGCACCAACAGCCGCAGCAGCAGCAGCCAGAGGAUAAGGAAGAAGAUGCCGAUGCGUGGACUGCAGCAGGAGAGGCGCUGCUCCUUCGCGCCAUUCAGUGCUGUCGCGUGGGAGAAGCAGCCACAUUUCAGGUGCAGGUGCAGCAAGGCAGCAGCAGCAGCAGCAACAACACGAGCGAGUCAGGACAGCAGCAGCUAGUAGUGGCGCUGUCUGUACACCUGAUAGACGUCCUUCCCCUCCCUUCCUGCACGCAUUCAUUUUUCUUCCGCGACAGCAGCAGCAGCAAGACACAGCACCAGCAUGAUCCGCUGACAAUCAAGCAGCGCCCCUCUGAGCUGCGGCAGCAGCAGCUGUUGCGGUGCAUCCAGUGGCAGAGGGCCUUGCUGCUAGUGCAGCGCGAGCUGCAACAGUUUGCCGCUGCAUGCAUUGCUCUGCUGCUGCAGCAGCAGGAGCACCCAACUCCAUUGCUGCCUCGGCUGCUGACUUGUGCCUGCAAGAGCUGUCGGGACGCUAGAAAGCCCCCUGCAGCUCGAGAGCAGCAGCAGCAGCAGCAGCAGCAGCAGCAGCAGCAGCGCCGCGGAAGCUCGAGGGCUCCAUUACCCCGCCGCAAUAGCAGCAUGACAACGGCAGCUGCAGCAGCAGCCCGCAGUUUGCUGGGCUUAUCUUCUACGGAGCAGCAGCAGCAACAGCAGCUACAGCCGAGCACAAGUAAGCUAAGGGGCCUCCUCCUGCGAGGCAGAGCACGAAUGUCACGGCCCAAAGUGGAGGCAGACCAGCAGCAGCAACAACAGCAGCAGCAACAGCAGCAGCAGCAGCAGCAGCAGCAGCACCAUAGCGGCUCUGUUGUCCGGAGCCUGAGCCGACAAGGCCUCGCCUCCACCUUUCGACGCCUCCGCAGCCAAAGCAUCGACAAGUGGAAGUACCAGCAGCAGCCGCAGCAGCCGCCGCCGUCUCAGAUCUCAGUGCCUGCAACCGCAGCAGCAUCUGCCGCAGCUUCAGGUGCUGGCUGCGCAGCCGCAGGGGCUACCCUUACCAGCAAAGGAGACCCCGACAAAGACAUCGGGGGGGGGAGCAUUUGGAGUCUGUGUGCAGCUGCUCGAAGAGACAGCACUCUUCUCUUUCUCUCCGACUUUCAGCAGCUUUUUAGUAGCAGCGGCAGCGGCGGCGACACAUCGUUGCUUCAAUCCUACCGGCGGCGCCUGAGGGACCUGCUGCAGCAGGGGAUCUGCAUACAGGGCGUGUUGAUCCAGCUUAUCAGCAGCAGCAGGUUGUGGCAACAGCUGCAGCAGCAGCAGCGAGCAGCACAAGUAGCCCUGUGGAGGCAGUCGCAGGUUGCACUCUCACCAUUGUUUCUGCUGCUGGAGACAGGAGGUCUCUGCUUCUUUGUCUGUCCCAUACAGCAGCAGCACCUUCAAGGAGGUCAGCUGGUGCUGCCUCUCAGCCUGCAGCGCCACUCAAUGGGUUGCGAAGAAGCUGCAACAGCAGCAGAUGCAGCAGCAGCAGCACAGCGUGGUGGCGCAUGCGCCAUCGUACAUGAUCAGUUGCAGCAGAAGCAGCAACAACACCAGCAACAGCAGCAGCAGCACGAACUUGGGGCCCCGUUAGCACUCACAGACCCACUGCCGCCACUGCCCCACACUGCUGCUGCCUUUGUAGGGGUCUUGUGUACAGAGGCCGCUGCUCUUGAGGCUGCAGGAGAUGCAGUUUGGCGGCUACAGCAGCGCUUUCUGCAGCUCCAAUUCAGCCAAGAACAACAGAAGGAGCAACAGCAGCAGCAGCAGCAGCAACAGCAGCAGCGAGUGUGGGGCCUUGUAUAUGAGGCUAACAAUGCGCUCCCUUGCUUCGUGCCGGUGGAGGUGUCUGCAACAGCGACGCAGAAACAAAGGCAGCAGGCUUUCCUUGCAGCAGCAGAAUCAUUCUCGGUCUCUGCUGCUGAUAGUAGAAACCAACAGCAGCAAAGCAACUGGAAGCCGCUUCAUCAUUGUCCCCACGUCUCUCAGCACUCCUGUUGCUGCUGUGCUUCAGCAGGAGCUAGCCAGGCGAAACUCUGCAGCAGAAACAGCAGCAGCAGCAGCAGCAUGAACGCUUUCUGCCAUCGUUGUAGAGUUGCAGCAGCUCCCCCCACGUGGCCAGCAGCAGCAGCAGCAGCAGCAAGCACUUUUGAGGGGGAGACACCUGCAGCAGACUUCGUCACCGGAGAGGCCUACGUCUGGACCUCUAAGGUGAAUGCCCCCACCAUUGAGGGGGCCCCGAUUGAGUCGGCGACCCUCGCUGUGCUGCCGAAGGGAAGUGUUAAAUACAGCCGUUUCUUCUGCAGCAGCAACAGCAGCAGCAGCAGCAGCAUGAGACGGCGUGCCAAGGCUGUAGCAGAGGCCCUGCUGCAGCGGCACUUGCCUCACACAGACGGCCCCACAGUACAGGCGGCUCUACGGCAGGGAGGUCUCUCUGCUGGUGUGGGCAUGUGGCUGCUGCUAGAUGAGUUGCUGCUGCUACUGCACCAGGAGGCGCCGCAGCUGCCCCAGUGGGGAGGCGGUAGCGAGGCAGCAGCAGCAGCAGCUGCUGCUGCUGCUGCUAAGGACGAACAGCAGCAGCAGAUUUUUUGCAGCAGCAGUGCUCAAGUCGUUGCCACUGCAACUGCAUGCGUCUUAUUAGGCAAAUCCUUGCAGAAGGUGCUGCGGUACGAGCAGCAAGUUGCAUGCUGCUGCUGCAGCCCUGCUGCUGUUUGUCAUCACUUCUCUAGCUGCGCCGCUCUGUGGGCGUUUUCGCGCGGGGCGCAGCGGCUGCUGCAGCAGGAAGCAGCAGCAGCAGCAUCGACAGCAGGAGCAGCAGAGGCUGCGCAGGGUGGAAAAGGUGUGCAUGAGAGCUGCUUGCUGCUGCUCCACCGCCGUGUCUGUCUGUCUCUUGCUGCUUCUCUGCUCCGUGCUGAUGCGUUCAGCUCGCUGCUGCUGCCUCUGCCCGUGUUGCUGCGUUGCUGUCUCUCUGCCGCUCUCGAGAACCCUUCUGUUCUGUUUGAGGAGCUGCAGCAGCAGCAGCACGCGUUGUCUAUCUGCCGCUACGCACCUGUUUCUCGGCCUUGCGCCACCCCAUCUGCAGCCACGGCAGCCGCAGCAGCAGCAGGGGCAGGAGCAGAUGCAGCAACAGGAGAGGAGAACGAAGCACCAGCCCAGCGGCUUCCGUGGGGCCGAGUGGCGGUGAAGUCUCCUUUGCCGUCUGCAACGGCUUGUGUGUCUGUCUUGCUGCUUGCUGAGCUGGUGCUGCAUCCUCCUGAUGCAUGCAGCCCCUUAAAAGCUGUUUCUGCGGAGCCACCAGAAGAGGAAUACCUCGUAGGGGCCCCCUUGCUGGAUUGGGGGUGGCUGGGGGCCCCCGGGGCCUCAGCAGCUGCUGCACUUCCCUUCGGAAGGAGGCGACUUCAUCGCUCGUCUCCACCUGCGGCCCCUGACCUCACGGGGCCCCUGCUGCAUCCGCUAAGGGCCCCCAGGGGGCCCCAAGCAGAAGCUGUGGCGCAGAUUCUAAGCCCUGAGUUUCUCGCUGCAGUUCCUGCAACCCUCAGGGGGGGCCUCCUCUGUCAGUUGCUGUUGCGCGCCUUGGCGCCGCCAGAGCCCGACCUGUGGAAGGCAUACCGCAAGCAGCAGCAGCAGCAACAGCAACAGCAACAGCCGCAACAGCAGCAGCACGGAUUUGUUCUGGGGAGUCGCCUGGACGGCGUCGCUGCAGCAGCAGACGAUCACUUGCUGCGGCUGUUAAUGCUGCUGCUGCUGCAGUUUGAUAGUUGGCUAGGGUUUUCGGGGCUUCCGGAGCAGCAGCAAGCCGAGUGCCCCGCUGCAGCGAGGCGACCAGCAGCAGCAACAACAACAGCAACAGCAGCGUCAGCAGCAACAGCAGGAGACUCCGAUGUGUCUCGGCUAGUGGUUCCCUUUGGCUUAGAUGGAGGCUUCUGCGCCCCAGGCAGCAGCCUCAGGCAGCACCAGCUGAACAUUUUUGCUGCUCUGUCGAAUGCAGUUGAGGGGCUUCGGUUGGGGGGCCCCCCCAGAGGGCCCCAAGGCUCUCUUCUCGCCGCUGUCCUGGAGGGGGCGGGGCAUCCCUUUGCUUCUGUGCUAAGUUGGCUGCUGCUGCUGAUGGCCUACUGCAGCUGCGCAGUCCCAGACGCUGCCCUCAGCAGCAACAGCAGCAACAGCAGCAGCAGUGAGAUCCUCAACUGUUUCGUGGAGACAGCAGCGGCAGCAACGGCGCGUGUUGGGGUGUAUACUGACCUACUGCGGGUGCUGCGCCUGAGGCUUAGCGUCUGCCCAUUACCUGUGGGGCCCCCUCACCUCGUCCCUCGCCACAUCCCUCUGCUGCCUCUGCUUUCUGUAGACAAGCGAGUGCUUCCAGCAGACUGCAAGGGCUUCUCUGGCCUCAUGGGAGAGAACAGCACUCCUGCUGCUGAUGGUGCUGCUGCUGCUGUUGCUUUGCCUAGUAGCAGCCCUACGGCUGCUCAGCAGCAGCAAAAGCCAGCUGUCCUGGUCCCAUCCGAGUCGGCUCACCCAACAUCUCCCCUUGCUAGGAAGCAGCAUGAACAAGCUUCGCGUCUCUUCGGGUGUACGUACACCCCAAAGUACCCUGAGCACCGGCAUUGCCAUCUACCGGACCCUCUGCUGCAGCCCCAUGUUGCAUGCGCCGUCGUUCUCUACAACAUCAGGAGACUGGGGGCCCCUGUUAUUCACUGGGCCUCUGCUGUAUGUCCCCGAGGAGAUAGAGGAGACCCAGCAGCAGAGUGGGCCCUUGCAGCUGUCCUCGGUGGUGCUGCUCCUCCUUCUGCUACAGCCCUUGCUGCCGCGUCUGCUGCAGCUUCUGCUGUUGCUCCUGCUACAGCUUCUGCUGUAGCAUCUGCUUCGGCUCCUGCUGCAGCUUCUGUUGCAGCUUCUGCUGCAGGUCUUGCUGCUGCGGGUUCAGCAGCUGCAGCAGGAACAGCAGCUGGAGCGAAGUCAAGCUGCGGGGUUCCUGCUGUCAGUGGGGGCGAGUGCACGUUGUGUUUGCCUCCGUACGUCUUAAGGGGAGAAAGCUGCGAGCAUGUGCUGCAGUGGUUGCAGUGGCAGCAGCAAACCCGGCCGCUGCUGUUUGCAUGCGGCUUGAAUGAGAAGGGGGCCCUGGGCCUCGGGGAGGCGGCGUACUUUCCUGUUGACCCGGUCUUAGAAGAAAGAGACAACUUCGUUAAGGCAGCAAGAGGGACAGACGUUUGGUUUUGCUGCCAGCCGCAGCAAGUGGUGGCGCUACCGGGGACUGUCUCCAGUGUCUCUGCGGGGCUCCAUUACAGCGCAGCAGUUACAUCUGACGGUCUCCUUUUCGCAUGGGGGUCUCUUGAUGGCUGUGUAGACGAUGCUGAACCCAGCAGCAGCAGCAGCAGCAACAGCAACAGCAGCAGCAGCGCAGACAGCAGCGGCACCUUGCGGAGACACCCUGCAGAUCACUCAAGGGACUACGGCCUCAGCGAAUCUCUUCGCUUCUCCUGGCUCGACUUUCCAGUUCGCUCGCAUGCAGCGGCUGCAGUGACAGCAGCAGCAGCAGCCUGGCAGGAGCAGCAGCAGCAGCAGCAGCAACAGCGACAGAAGGAAAAUCGGGUCUUCUUACCGGCUCUGCUCAGCCAAAGCAGCACUGCACCCUCUAUCUGUAGAGGCCCCUCCUAUUCUGCUGCAGCUUUUGCUGCUGUUUCAUGCGGCCCUGACUUUUGUGCUGCGGUAACAACAACGGGAUGUCUGUACACCUGGGGCAACAACGCGAACGGUGUGUUGGGGCUUGGAGACCUCCUCAGCAGGGAUCGACCUGCUGCAGUGUCUCCUGAGCUCUUUGUUUCUGUGGCCACGGGCAAACAGCAGCAGCAGCAGCAGCAGCGCCUGCUGCAGGUAGCUUGCGGGAAUUCACAUGUUGCAGCUCUUACAGCAGAAGGGUGUCUCUUUGUGUGGGGCAGCAACAGCCACGGUCAGUGUGGCUUCUGCAGCGAGAGAGCAACAAUCCUGUCUCCGCAGCAGCUGCUGCUGCUAGACCUCUCCCGCAUGCCUUUAAGCCGCCUUACCCUAAUUCACUCCCUCGUUGCUGCAAGCAGCGACAACAACAACAACAGCAGCAGCAGCAGCAGCAGCAGCAGAGCUUCGAAAGGCUGGCUGGGCCUGGGAUAUGCCCCAACAGGAGGGGCUACCGCGACUUUGUUAGUAGCAGAUGCUGCAGGGUUUGCUUCGCUACUAGAUAAGGAGGAUCCACUGAAGUGUCUCUUUGUGGAGUCUCUUAUUAAAUUCUCUCUGAUUGCUUGCGGCUCGCUGCACACCAUCUCUCUGGGCACAGCCGGCGAGCAGCAGCACGAAGGGUCCCUACAGUGUCUGUACACCUGGGGCAGCAACACCAACAACUGCCUAGGACUUCCUGCAGCAGCAGCAACAGCAGCGGCUGCAGCGGCAUGCGCACCACCGGUGCGUCUUUCUCUUGCCGCCUUUACCGGGGAGACCCUACAGCAGCAGCGACAGCAGCAGCAGCAGCAGCAGCAGAUACCGCGCAUCAAGCAGAUUGCUGCCGGCGGCAUUACCAGCGCAGCUCUGUCUGAGGGGGGGGAGUUGUGGCUGUGGGGCGACCUUCAAUCUUUUGUUUCAAGCGGCGACUCUGCUGAAUUUGCUGCUGCCCCUCCUACGCUUUUCGAGUUAAUAGAAGACGAGAGAUUCUUUGCUGGUGAUGGGGAGGAUGCAAAGGGCAGCAAAGUACCUCUCUGUGGCGUUGCAUUUGCUGCUGAGGGGGCCCGCCUGCUGCUGUUCACGGAAGAAGGAGACCUUGUUGCAGUAGGAGACGGCUGCGUGCAGCAGCAGCUACUUUCCCUUCAUCUCAAUGACCAGCAGAAGCAGCAGCAGCAGCAGCAGCAGCAGCAGCAGCAGGAAUCCUGGAAGAAAGCUGCAGCAACCAUCGCCCCCCGCUUCUGGGCAGACAAGAGCCGAAGACAGCGCCUAAGAGGGGCCUGCAGGAUUCACGUGCCAUACAGAAAAAUAGUGAAGGCUUCUGCUGGUCUUGACCAUUUGCUGCUGCAAACUGUCUCUUCCGGCAGCAGCAGCGAGCUGCUGCCGCAGCAGCCGCUGCAGUUCCUUAAGGCUAUGCACCGCCCUCCGCCGCAGCUGCGCCUCUGCCAAGCACCCACUCCCCGAGGCAGCAGCGGCUCGAGGACCCCCAGCAGCAGCAACAGCAGCAGCAGCAGCACUGCAGACUGCACGCGAAUGAGUAGCUGCGCAAGCAGUACAGGCGUACCUUCCUCCAGAGACACUCCGCAGGGGACAGACACCGCAGCAGCGCGGCCUUCAGCUGCUAUUAGAAGCCACAGUGCUACUCCUGCAUGCAACGCGGAGGGGGACCUGCAGCAGCAUAAACAGCAGCAGCAGCAGCGGCAGCAAACAGAGGGCCCCCCUAAGCGGCUUUGGGAAGCCGCCUCUACGGUGUCCAGCAGCAGCAGCAGCAGCAACAGCAGCAGCAGCAGCAGCAGCAGCAUUGGCUUGUCUUUGGCUACAGCAGCACGAGAAGCAGCAGCAGCAGGCCUUCACCUAACACUGAGACACCUUGCAAGUGCGGGAGAAGGAGCAGCCAAAGCAGCAGCAGCACGAGCAGCAGAAGCUGUCGAGAGAGUGGCAGACGCACACGGAGCAGCAGUUGUUGAGGGCCUUCUAGAUCAGCUGGAUAGGGGAUCGGGAGCGGUCUUCAGUGCCCUGAGCAGCGGCAUUUCUUAUAUCCUCCCUCGUUCAAAGCCUGCUGCGGGUUCCAGCACUGCAGCAGCAGCAGCAGUGCCUCCACCACCAGCAGCAGCAGCAGCAGCAGGCAGCAGCAGCAGCAGCAGCAGCAGCAAACCCACUCGAAGUGCUGCUGCUGGGGCGCGUCUGACUGGGCAGUCUUUGAGGCCUUACCAUUCCUCUUUCGGGGAGACGACAGCACCGAUCCCCGUGCCAGCAGUUCGUGUGGGGCCCCCACAAACGCUGGGGACCUCGCUGCGGCCUCUGCUGCAGCAGAAAGCCUCGCCCUUUGCGCGCCACUUGCAGCUGCAGCAACAGCAGCAGCAGCAGCAGCAGCGGAUGUACAGCAUGCCUCCCCGUUCGCAGAGCCUAACCUCUCUACCUUCCUAUGGAGCGCAGCAACUCGACCCGGUGCUGCAGCAGCAGCUGGAGAAGGGGCGCCAUGAUGCUUGGCAGCGCUUGACGUCUGCGGGUAGGAUCCCUGCUGCUGCUUCCUUCACCCCACAGACAGCGCGGUUGCAGCAGCAGCACCAGCUGCAGCAGCAACUCUCUCACACUGUCCGUCCUCUGCGAGGCAACGCCUCCGUUAUACAACUCCCAGAUAUCCCGCAGCCCCAGCAGCAACCCACCCAGCAGCCAAGGCAGCAGCAACAGCAGCAGCAGCAGCAACACAAGCAGCAGCGGAGCGAUGCCCUGAGGGAGCUGCUCAAGUGCAACACUGCCCCCGCCGUGGUGCUCCCGAGUGAGAAGACGCUGCUAUAUAACAGUACCUUGCCCCACCGACAGAGCAUUGGAGCUGUUGCUGCUGCUGCUUCUUGGCAGCAGCAGCAUCAGCAGCAACAGCAGCAGCAACAGCAGCAGCAGCAGCUUGCAGAAUGGUCUACACCUCCUCCCAGCACGCCAAUGUCUGGUAGAUGGUCGAAUCAGCAUAGACAGUCUGCAGAGAGCAACCCGGCCUUUGCUGCAGCAGCAGCAGCAGCAGCAGCAGCAGCAGCAGCAGAGGAAGACGACAGUACGCUGAAUCUAUCUUACUAUCCGCAGCAUGAUACGAACAGCAGCAGUGCCAGCCGCCACAGCCUUGGUGCUGCAGCACUUCCUGCUGCGGCAUCACAGGAGUCUAUGAGGCGCUCCUGGCUGCAGCAGCAGCAACAGCAGCAACAGCAGCAGCAGUUUUCAGGACUCACAGCAGCAGCUGAGCACUUAACUGUGCCGUCCUUCUCGGUGUCCCCCUUGCCAGCAGAAGAGGCAGCAGCAGCAGCGGCAGCAGCAGCAGCAGCAGCAUCAGACAUAUUACCCCCUAUCACGUAUGCAGCAAACCCUGCCCCUACCUCUGUGUGGCCCUACUCGGGAGACACCCUAGAGCAGCAGCAGCAGCAGCAGCGCGAGGAGCAGCAGGUGCCGCUCUCCUUCCCGCCCUCAAUACAUCCACAGGUGCAGCAGCAGCAGCAGAAGAAGCUGCAGCAGCAGCACUGGGCGUCUCUUGGGGGCCUCACCGACCGUGGACGCGACAGUCUGAGUGCUUCUUAUCUGCCGCAGCACUCCGCUGUCUAUACUCCUCUCCAGCAUGUUGCCAGCACUCCUGCAGCAGCAGCAGCAGCAGAUAGCUGCAGUCAGGGCCCUUUCGGCAUACCCUUCCAAAGCCCUGACACGCUGGAAUCGAUUCUGCUGAACAACCAGCAGCUGCUGGGGCAGCUGCAACAGCAGCAGCUGCUGCUGCAGCAAACCGCGGCACAAGGUAGCCUUCAGAGCCAUCAUCCGCAGCAGCUGCUGCUUGUACACCCCAGCGAGCUGCUCCCCAACUCGCAGCCCCACAGCAUGCCGGUGCUGCAGGGCAAUGAGUAUUUGCUCAUAGAACCUUCGCAAUACCAACACGUGCUGCAGCAGCAGCAAAUGCUUCUGCAGCAGCAGCAGCAGCAGCAACUCGCCAAACAGCAGCACCUGCACGCGCCUUCUACGUGGGACUAUAUGCCGCCGCAGCAGCCGCAGCAGCAGUUUCACUUAACAGCAGAAACCCUGCCCUCGCAGCAAGGGAUUCGGCAGCAGCAACAGCAUCAACAGCAGCACCAGUAG